AUGAGGUUCGUUUUAAGGAAAAUACGUCGGUUGCUUUUCGCCUGGCAGCGGCUAGUCCCAGCCAAAUUCCGUUGGUACAAAGUUCACAGCCAGUUGGUGCUAAUAUGCCUGACUAUAAUUAUAUUUUUCAAUAUCCUGUUUGGGGUAUAUCUUGGUCGCUUUGAUUUUCGACGAAGAAAGUUCGUGUUUUCAAAACUAGUUACAGCUUAUUGCUUUGCAAUGGCCUCGAUUUUCGGAGCAUAUUAUAUCUGGCAUGUAUACAAGGAGAUUUCCAUAGGCCAGCUCAGCAGGAGUCAUACCAUAGAGAUAUACUGCUAUAUGAACGUAUGUGUAUGCCUUAUUAACUAUGUGACUCAAUGGGAGAAAACUAGCCAGAUUAUUGGGUUUCAAAACAGCGUGCCACUUUUUAAAAUUCUAAACUCGCUGGACAUUUCGUUGAAGGUGGUCAUAAGAUCAUUCACUUACAGCACAAUUAAGACUUUUGCAUGUCCUUUGAUCGAGUACGGAACUCUGAGCCUCUACCAGAAAAGGGCUCACCCUGAACUGCAAUGGACGAGCUUUGCAACGGCAAGGACGAUGCUACCCGUGAUUGUGGCGAAUCAGAUAAAUAAUUGCUUCUUUGGUGGCCUGGUAAUUGCUGAUCUGGUGCUAAGCUCUAUUAAUCAACAGUUAGAAAAUAUCGUCAAAGAGGCAAAUAUGCUACAAACACCCGUGCAAAUGGGAUUGCAGAAACCAUAUUACAGGAUGCGACGCUUCUGCGAAUUGGCGGACGGAUUGGAUGAGUUGGCCGAAAAAUACUAUUACUGCGCCAUCCUUUCCAAAGGAUAUCUUCGCUUUACGGACUGGUCAAUGGUUCUUUCUUUGCUGAUGAACCUAAUCGGAAUCACACUAGGCUUUUACAAUCAGUAUAUGGCUAUUGCCGACCAUUACAUUAAUGAGGAGCCCUUUGAUUUUUAUCUGGCCAUGGUCGUUUUGGUGUUUUUGUCAGUCCCCUUCAUGGAACUUGUAAUGGUGGCGCGUAUCAGCAAUCAAAUGCUACGGGAAACGCGAAAAACUGGAGACCUUUUACAACACAUUGACCUUCAGAAUGCAGAUGUACGUUUCAAGCAAGUCGUCCAUUCAUUUUGGCUACAUGUGUCCACAAUUGAUUACAAACUAAUGCCUAUGGGUCUUCUAGAACUUAACACCACCUUGGUGAAUUCGGUUUUUUCAUCAGUCACUGGGUUUCUUUUAAUUCUCAUUCAAAGUGACUUGACAUUAAGAUUUUCAUUAAAAUAA